CUCGCGCAGCUUGUUGGCUCGCUAUAUAAAGGGGAGAAGCAGGCGGACCGGACGGCUGGAGCUGCAGCCGGUGGCGGCAGCGCGGCGCGGGGAGCGGCGACCGGUGUUGGUUUCCCUCCUCGCCGCCCGGGUGGGGAGCGGGUGACGCCCCCCUAGACCCCGCAGCGGGGUCGAGGCUGGUGUUUUCUCUUUCUCCUUUUUUUUUUUUUUUUUCCUUUGAGGCGAUUCCCGAGGUUGUUUUUUUUUUUUAAGCCGCGGGAGGAGUGCCCCCCUCCUCCUGGUCUCCCGCUUCUUUUCACUACUCGGGGAUCGGUUCUGUGGAGAAAUUUUCUUAUUUUUUCUUUUUUUUCCGCCCCACUCUCGCGGGUGCCUUGGGUCAUCCUCCGGGUCUUGAGUUUUUCUCUCUUUUCUUUUUUUUUUUUUUUUUUUCCCGUUCCCUCUUGUUUGUGUUGUGUGUGGAAAUGGCGAACUCGGCAAACACAAACACCGUGCCUAAAUUGUAUAGAUCUGUGAUUGAAGAUGUUAUUAAUGAUGUACGAGACAUCUUUCUGGAUGAUGGAGUGGAUGAGCAAGUCCUGAUGGAACUAAAAACCUUGUGGGAGAAUAAACUAAUGCAGUCUAGGGCAGUAGAUGGAUUUCACUCAGAAGAACAGCAGCUUUUGUUGCAAGUUCAGCAGCAGCACCAACCCCAACAGCAGCAGCAUCACCACCACCACCACCACCAGCAAGCUCAGCCUCAGCAAACGGUACCUCAGCAAGCACAGACCCAACAGGUCCUUAUUCCUGCGUCACAGCAAGCUACCGCACCCCAAGUUAUUGUUCCUGAUUCUAAGUUGAUACAGCAUAUGAAUACAUCAAGUAUUACGAGUGCUGCUGCUACAGCUGCUACCUUGGCACUCCCUGCAGGUGUGACUCCUGUUCAACAGAUACUAACAAAUUCAGGCCAGCUACUUCAGGUGGUCAGAGCAGCCAAUGGUGCCCAGUAUAUCUUUCAACCUCAGCAAUCAGUUGUUCUACAACAACAAGUUAUACCACAAAUGCAGCCUGGUGGAGUACAAGCUCCUGUUAUCCAGCAGGUCUUAGCACCACUUCCUGGAGGGAUUUCACCACAGACAGGUGUCAUUAUCCAGCCACAGCAAAUCUUAUUUACAGGAAAUAAGACUCAGGUCAUCCCUACCACAGUGGCAGCACCCACACCAGCACAGGCACAGAUACCUGCAGCUGGCCAGCAGCAGCCACAGGCCCAGCCUGCCCAACAGCAAGCUCCAUUGGUGCUGCAAGUUGAUGGAACGGGGGAUACAUCUUCUGAGGAAGAUGAAGAUGAAGAAGAAGACUAUGAUGAUGACGAGGAGGAAGAUAAAGAGAAAGAUGGAGCUGAAGAUGGGCAGGUGGAAGAAGAGCCCCUCAACAGUGAAGAUGAUGUAAGUGAUGAGGAAGGGCAGGAGCUCUUUGACACAGAAAAUGUUGUUGUUUGCCAGUAUGAUAAGAUACACAGAAGUAAAAAUAAAUGGAAAUUUCACCUCAAGGAUGGCAUUAUGAAUCUUAACGGAAGAGAUUAUAUAUUUUCCAAAGCCAUUGGAGAUGCAGAGUGGUGAAGAGUUGCUUCUUGCCUUUUAUAAAUAAGACAAAAGAAGCUUAAAAUGUUAAAGUGGACAGUUUGAAACUUGGGACAUAUAUCAACCAAAACUUCACUUCUGCAUGUCAGAAAAGCGCAGUAGAAACAAAGCUACUGGAACAAAAGCUAGACCUUGACCACAUAGACACUACUUCAAACUGGCAAGCCAUGGAACUGUAGCACCCGGGGUUGCUGGGUGGGGGGAGGGGUUUGUGUAGGAAAGCUGUAACUGUCAAUUUUAAAUACAGGAACCUGCCAUUGGUACUUAGCAUGUAAAGCUUUGUCUAUAUUCCUUUCACCAAGUUGGGCUCAAUCAGAAGCUAUGUGUUGGAAUGACCUGAAGAAAUUUCCCUUUUGAUAGAUUGAACUGAAACUGCUUAUUGUAUGUGGUUAUAUUUGGUAAAAAUUGCGUGUGAGCUUUUUACAGAAGGGCAAGAAUUAUGGUGUUGAAUUUUAAUUCACUGUAUAAGAAAAUUUAAAACUCAUAAUAGGUCUUAAACAUUUUUACUUGUUACUCUCCCUCAGUAACACUUACCUCUUGCUUCCCUGCUGUAUGAACAUCUACAUAAGAUUAUAAAGGAUCAGUGGUCACAGUUUGGAGACAGGGUUGACCCAGGAAUGGAUGCUUGUUUUAAUUAGGUUCUCUUACUUGUUAAAUGUAACUUAAAGACUUGGGUCUUACCUGUGUUGAGUAGAAUUGAAGUGACAGCUUAAUUUCCAUAUUCAAAAACUGUGCUCAGUUCCGUACUUUAAGAAGAAGCCCGAAAUUGGCUCCUCAGGAACAUGUUUUUAUUUCACAAAGGUACCACCGAGCUGAAAUUGUAUAGUACACAUGAUAUGUGAAGGUUUUUUUUUUUUGUUGGACUACAAUGUGUGCUUAUCUGUGCAUUUAGUCUUUAUGUAAACACUGAGAUGACAUUCUGUACCUUGAUCUAAGAAGCAUAAGGACAGGUGGUGAGGAAUGGAUUUUUAUUAAACAAUUUAGUAAUUAUAAAAGUUUCUUGUGUUUACUAGUAAAGAAUUUUAGAAAUUAUUAUUUUAAUUAAACAAAUUUUUUAAACAACUUUGUAACUUGAGGGAAAGUUUGAGGGUGGAGGGGGUAGAGGGAGGUGGGCCACUAAAUACAAAUUUACCUCUAUUUCAUUGGGUGGCCCUUCCAGGCCAUUGAUGAUGUGGACUUGGGCUCCAGUUUGCACAUUGGAAAAAAAUACAGAGAUUUGACUUGUAUAUUAAAAACUCUAGACAUGUGCUUUGUGUGUUGAGAAUGUGUAGCUUUCGCGUAAGGCUCUAAAGGACACUGUGCGCUGCAGCGAGUCAGCUUCCUGGGAACUGCAGGGAUGCUCGCUCACCAUCUCUGUGCUAGUGACUUACAAAUUUGCAUUCAAGUUGACCUGCCUAUUGUUUGUUUGGUCUUCCAUUUUUGUCUUCCUUUAAUUUGACUUUAUGUAGCGCCAGAAAUAACAGAUAAAACUAAACAGAUAAUACAAAGGAAAAACUGUGCUUUUUUUUUUUUUUAAAGCACAUAUUUUGAAAUUUCUUAAUGCAACUGAUUUCCCCUCCCCAGUUAUCACCCUACUGAACUAUUUUAUGUUGUGAAAUUUGGUAUCGGUGGUGUCUUACUUAACAUGACAGUAGUUAGAUUUGCUUCUAUACCAUAACUGGUAAUACAAUUUCUUGUUUUAUAAUUAAUGUAGCAUUUUGAGGGGAAGUUUGUUUAUUCUCCUUUUCUCAAAGCACACACAGUUCUGUUGUUUUACCUAUAAAACUUGGAGAACGGAGUAGGUAAAAUCCGUGAAUCUGUUGUUCAGGUGUCCUUCGGCGUAGUUCCAGAAGGUGUGUGUUUACUCAGUGAAGUCAGUGACCUGAACUACCUACGUAUGGCAGCGCGGCAGUGUUGCUUCUGUGAGACUCUGGGGCUAAUCAGUAGCAGUUAUGCUAAUGCAGCACAUGUCCUGGGCCCUCUGAGUAGUCAAACAAGUUGAAGGUUAGCCAUGUACACUGGCCUGUCUCUCCUAGCUAUAUUUUCAAACAUGAACAACCACUUCUUUCAGAGUGACACACAGAGGGCUAUCUUGAAGCAGGAAGUAACCAUUUGUAUUUGUACCUGUGUAUUGCCUAUUAAUAAUGGCAUCCUGGCCAAAUACUUUUUUCUGUGAAAACUCUGAAAGCUGGUUAAAACGACGUUGCACACCAAGUUGUGCUCUUAUAUGCUGUUAUGUUGUGUUCCUUUUUAAAUCAAGUAGCAUGUUGUAUUUUUUAUUAUAGCAGUUUUGGCUGUGUAAAUGUCACUUGCUUUGAAUUCUUAAUCAUGCUUUCGCCAUUACAUUUAACAGAUGAUGCCAUUAAGUUCUAUUAAAGUGUCAUUCCUUUGGAAAGGCAAGGGAUUCCCACUUGGAGAAUUUUAUGAUGAAAGUGCGAUGCUUAUCCAAAAGGUGGAAAUAGUUCAGACUUCGAGAUAGGGAAGUAAGCAGUGAUCUGUUUAGAUUUGUACCAGUAGUGAUGGCACCUUCCAUGUAACAUGACACCAGUAGUGAAUGCUAAGGGAAAUUUACACAGAAUGACAAAAGUGGAAAUGUGUGCCUUUCAGUAGAUGAACUCUUACCUGGUGGUCGUUUGUAUUCUCAGACCACAGGAAUGUCCGAGAGCACAUGUGAUUUCUUAGGAGUAACAGGGCUUUGUCCCAUGCAGUUUCUAGAGUCAAGCAUAACAGGAGGGGGUGUUUAUAUUGGGCUUUUAUUCGUGAAAUGUUCACACUUCUGUUAAAUAUGCAUCCCGUUUACACUGUUGCCUUUUUAUAACUCACGCUGGCAUCAAUAUUCAUGGAGCCUGUGCAUUGAUUGAAAUGUGUUCAUGACAAGCAUACUAGAUACUGGCAUUAGAAGACAAUGUAAAAAUAUAUUAGUUUUUAUAUAAAGGCUUUCUUUUGCUGUAUUGAAAAAUCAAGUAGUUUCCUUUUGGUGACUUGUAUGGACGAAUGGAGAGUUGUCUCCCUCUGAGAAUAUUUUUUUUUAUUAUCUUAUAGCAAUAAUGUCACCAUAUUAGAGGGUAAGUAUUCCUUUUAUAAGAAAACGUAUCUCCUCUUAGCAAUUUUUCCUAUGUAACAGCAAUUUCUUCCACCUGAGAAGGUUCUUAAGUUUUCAGAUUACUUCAUUUUGGACUUUUGAGCUUUUGUGCAAUGUGCUAUUUUAGUGAUCUUUGUACAUUUUCAUUUCCUAUAUUUCCUUCCUACCUGUCUGAAUCAGCUCUAGUGGAUGCUGAUGUUUUUUUUUGGUUAAUAAAUGGUUGGGUUUUUUUUGUGUGUGUGUUUUCUCAUGUUUAUUGUUAGGUUUGCAUUUUAAUCUGUUACCCUAUGGGAAUUAUUCUGGUUUAUAUUCUUCUCCCUGGAAGCCUGCUUUUGUCCUCCUUUUGUCAUCUUCCUUGCAUGCAUGAUUUAAGGAAGAUUGCAUCAAAUUUAGUAUUUUUGUUUGAGGAACAAAGCUUCCUCCUGUUUGAGGGAAGAACAAAACAACAUUGAAUUAACUACUCACUCAUCCAAGCUUCCUUAAAUCAGUCCAGUGUGCAUCAGGUUACACUGAGUGGGGAGGGGAUAAUCCCUAGCUGUUCCAAGCUACUAUUAUCGACUGCUGUUGUACAUACUGUUGUGUGUAAGGGCGUAAAUAUAUUUAUUAUGUUUGUAAAAUUCAUUCUGUACACUUGCAGAUCAAGGUUGCUCUUCUGUGAUAUAUGGGGGGGGGUUAGGUUUUAAAAGACCAUCUUGGAAUACAAUUAAAAAGCUUAGUAUUUUGAUGUACUAAGACUAUUUUAAGUUUAAUAUUUUACCUUGCAAAAACUUUAAUUAAAGAUGUUAUUUAAAAAAAAGUAAUGUUGCUUGCUUUGCUUACUAGUCUAUGAUACUGGCAUAUGGAGAGCUGAGUGAAACCAUACAGUAUAGACAGGAAGUUCAUAAAACAUAGAGAUGUCAUUAAAUCUGUACCCAUAGUUGAAUUCUGUACCUGUAAGGUCGUGGGGUUUGGGAUGCCAGACUGAAUUGUUAAGCUGUGUUAGAAAUCCUUAAGCGCUUUUAAAAGUUGUAUUUUCCAGGCACAGAGGCUUUCAGCAUGGGUAAAUUCACACCAACUGAAUGUAAAUUAAGGUUAAUAUAAUUGACAUUGUAUUAUUAAGUGAGUAUUUCUACUGAAGAAGCUUAGAUUACAUAGGAUGAAGUUAUUAAGAACAUCGUUUCAUUUCCUUAUCUGGCUAAACUGUUUUCUCUUAGUUGAGAGUUUGUAAAUAAUUGCUUAUUAGGAUAUUUGGAUUAUUGAGGUUUGUAUUACAUAUUAAAUAUAUUUUGUGUUACUUUAGAAGAUAUUAAAUUACUAGCAGUAUUUUGAUUUUAUAGUUAAUUGAAAUGAAUCAUUAAGAGCUUGCCUUUUUGUAAUUUUUUAUCCUGUUAUAAACUACUUUAUCUAAGGAAACAUGCAGAUUUUAACUAUUAAAUAAUCAUAAUAAAGAUA